CCCCAGGUGCACUCUGUUUGGCACGACUGAACAUGACAGCUCUUUUACAAUAUUUACAAAAAUAUGUCCUGUAGUCUUAAUUUUAAUCUGAAGGAAUAUGGGUAUCAGAAUUUCCCAAGAUCGCUGACGAAGAAAGAUAAACAACUUUUGUCUUCAGUUUUUCAUGAAGCUGAUGAUGGAAACAAGGGAUUUCUUACUAGAGAGGAUGUCAAAAUGGCAGUUGCUGAAAUAUUUGGAUAUAAACCAUCAAAGUUAGAAACAGAUCAGGUUAUUCUUAAGUUUGGAGAAGACAUUUAUGGUUCAAGAUGCAUGAAAUUGGCUAAAUUCCUGGAUGCAAUGUCAGAAAAGUUGAUGAAAUCAGAUGAAGACGAAGAUAUUAGACAUACUUUUAUGGCAUUUGACUCACAGUGUAGAGGAUUUUUGACAGUAGAAGACUUUAAGAAAGCAGUAGGACAUGUAGCUCCUCAUCUACCAAUGCAUGCUGUUGAAUUAUCAUUCAGAGAGCUGGAUAGAGAUGGUGAUGGCCGUGUUAGUUAUAAAGACUUUGAGUUCAUGAUGAAGUACAACUUAGCAGAACAUAUUUAACCAGAGGACAUUUUUAUAUGCCAAAAAAACUAUUAUUUCAACAGCAUUGAUGAACAUGCUUGUGAUGUUUAGAUUGUCACAGCAGAAUGUUAAAUUCGAAAGUUUCCUUGUGAGGCUUGUGUAAUGUUUCAACCAGGAGUAAAUGUGGACUCAAGACACUCAGUGUGGGAUGGACACACCACACGUUCUUGUGUUAUAUCUUUAUUAAACAAUACAGUAUUGACAAUAUUUAUAUUGUUAAAUAAUAUACUUGACUUAUUGUUAACAUUGACUAUGUUGUCUGUGAUAUUUUUUGUAGGAAUAAAACUUUUUCUGGUA